CCCAAAGAUACAGAAAAAGCAAACAUGGAUUCCUACCAACGAUCAUCAAGUUUAUAUUAUUCAGCACUCAGUGAUGAGGAAGUAUCAAGAAGACAUUCCUCCUUUAAUCACCGUAGAGUAAUCCGGCUAAACCCAAAACUAGCUGCAGUACUUAAACAAGUUGAGGGGAUUGAGAACUGGAUAAAUCAGACCUCUGAAUGUCUCUAUAAGCAACAUCCAGAUCCUAGCAUAAAUUCAACACAACUAAAUCUAUUUAAAGAUUUGACCUCCCCAAUAAAGCACCAAUGUGAGGAACUAAAACAGAAGAUUGCAGAGAACAACACUUGUCAUUCCUGAACUAAAAAAUUAAAUAAAAUUGUGAAUGAAAUCAAAAAAACUUCAUUUAUAAGAAGUCUCUAUGAAAAUCCAUUCUUGAAAGAAAACUCAAAUCAAGAGUAUCAAAACUCUUGCAAACUCAAAGAGAAGAUAAAGAACAUAGACGAACAACAUAGAAAGACUAAAGGAAACCAAUAUAAGCUUAACCAGGGUUUAAUACAGAAAUUAAAAAGAUAUAAAGGCCAACAAAAUUCUUUCGCAGAUGGAUUGAUUGAUGAGAUGGGAGAAAAAGAAAUAAGGGUUGAUUAUUCAAGUGAUCAGCAGAGUCAUCAAGCUCAUGAAAAUCUUUCCAAGCUUAGUUCGAUACAAAAGAAAUCUAAAUCUGUAAAAUCUUGAGAGGGGAAUAUCAGAAGGAUGGAAAGAAAGAGUCAGAGAAGUAGACAUAGUAAUAGAGGGAUCAAAAAAUUCAAAGUCUCAGACAAUGAAGAAGAUAUAAGACCUAGUUUGAUGGUGAAGAAAGGGAUUAGAAAUAGUUCAAGCAAGAGGAGUAAAACAAAUAAUCAGAUCGGACAUUCAGAAAUGAGAGGCUAUAACAGAUUAUCUCAUUCAUCAAGUAGUAUUCUAAGUGAUUAUUAUGGACCUUCUUGUCAUAGAAGUCGUUCCAUCUUACAUAAUAAUAAUGCAGUGGAGUCAGUGUUUUCACACAGCAAUAUUAGAAUGAAUCCUCGAGAAGAACAAAGAGAGAAUUUAGGAAUUGAUCCUACUUUAGCGAUUGGUAGAUUUAAUUAAAUGCAAAGGAAUGAGGCAACACCACUUUGAAGAAAUCCAACAAGAUAAUCGUAUUGAACAGAGUAGCCAAGAUUAUGGCUCGAUGCAGGAAUUAUUUAACCCAAAAGAAGGGGCAAAAAUAACCUAUUACCUGACUAAUCCGGAGGAUAUUGAAUUCCUUAGUUCUUGAAAGCAGAAGUUAAACUAUCUUGAGUUCCUUCAGUUCUAUUGAUCUGAAGCUAUAAAAUCAGAGUUUAUACAUUAUGUUAAGAAGUAUUUUCCCAAGAAAGUUGAUCACUUAAAGUGGUCUGGGAGUUAUUUAGAUAUCGAAGGGUAUCGAUCCUGGAUAAUUAAAUAAAAGCAAGAGCGUACAAAAAGUGCUAGAAAUUCAUAAGUUUACUUUAACUCAACCGCAACUAGAAGACAUUGUUGACGAAUGUAAACAAAAGAUAGUUAUUUAUCUUUCAAAUUGCAAGAUCAUUGUUAAAGAUGACCAAAAGUUUGACCGUUACGUCAGAGGCACCAAAAAUCUCCAAACCUCAAAUGUAAUCCUCGAAAUAGACGACAGCAUCACAAGUUCCUUCAAGUCCAUGUCUAAGCACAUUCAUUCCUAAAAUUCCUUCCU